AUGGCGUCCACCAGUGCAACUACAGCAGUGAAGCAAGAGGAAAUCGGUGAAGACGGGUCAUUGCAAGUGACCCCAUUAUCCAGCCAAGCAAUCCUGGAGGUUCAAACUGCCCCAGCAAGCUUGGUAAAAGAGGGCGAGUUCCAAAAGAGGACCCCCUCCUUAAGUGGAAAGCUCAAGCAAGCGCUGUGGCACUGCAGCGACCGGUGCCGGCCACAUACGAACCCUGCCGGUAUGGUCUUUGAAUUCACACCUGCCGGAGAGACGGUCUGCUGGGACGCCUCGUCGCUUCUCCUCAUGAUGAAUGCUCGCCGGAAUGCGAAGAAGGAGGAUGUUUACAGGCACCCAAUCCACAAUUGCAAGGUGGACCGCGAAAGUGUCACACUCGUGCAACUGGUCGCCGCCCGGUCCAGCAAGAGCCUACGCGAGGAUCUCGUGGCCAUGCUCAACGCGAUAUUGUCGGGUGCCGUCGUUCCUCUACUUGGGAUCUCGGUGGGGGCGUUCACGCUCUUUGUCGACCGGCAGAGCAUGUUGCGUGCGUUGUCAGACCUCAUGGGAUCGUCCAUGACCCGGCAAGGCCUCGUCACAUUGCAUGAUUCGCUCGCAACGUCCGCCAUGGGCUCUGCGGUGCUGCAUGCGGCACUGCAUUGGGGUUGGAACGACUACGUCCGUGCCUAUCAGUUCCGCAAGGGGGAGGCAGCGCUGGCCACCAAGGAAAUCGCCCGCAUGUUGGAGGCAACGGCCUUCCAAUCGAAAUGA